GAAUAUCCAUCUUUAACAAGAAAGAAUGAGCUCAUACCCACCUAUUUCUUUAUUUGAUCUGAUAUCCCCACCUAAUAGAAACGUCGACCCUUUCAAAAACGACGUCGACAAGGCUUUUAGUUCCUUUUUUUCCGCAUUCAAUGGGGUUGCUGCUGCUGGUGUUAUUAGUUCCCUUAUUUCUUCUGUGGUGCUGGUCAUCGCUGCUACAGUCGUUAUAUAUGCCAUUAUUAACUGCGUGAGAAAGUAUGAAAAUUAUAUUCCAAUAUCUGGCGAGGUGACGAGUAGAACGUCUGGAAAUUAUAUUCCAUUAUCUUCCAGCGAAGUAGCAUUUGGUUCCAAGGCCCAGUUUCCGACAGUCAAAGAGUUCCUAAGCGACAUGGAAAGAGAGAAGCCUGUAGCUUACACAGCAAAGCAAAUUGCAGAGUACACACAAAACUAUAGCUACUCCAACAUUUUAGGUUCAGGUGGAUUUGGAGUAGUAUAUAAAGGGUUUCUCGAGAAUGGAGUAACAGUAGCUGUCAAGGUCCUUACCAACAAUAGGGGUAAGAUGGUUGAAAAGCAGUUUAUGGCAGAAGUUGGAACCUUGGGAAGAACUUACCAUGUCAAUUUGGUUAGACUCGUGGGCUUUUGCUUCGCCCCCGAAAUGAAAGCCCUUGUCUACGAGUACAUGGAGAAUGGUUCUCUGGAAAAGUUAUUGUUCAAGAACGAUGGAGAAGUGGAUCUAGAGAAGCUUCAUGGUAUUGCAGUCCAAACUGCAAAAGGGUUGGCUUAUUUGCAUGAGGAGUGUGAACGAAAAAUCAUUCACUAUGAUAUUAAGCCCGAAAAUGUGCUUCUUGAUGAGAACUUGAAUCCCAAGGUUGCGGAUUUUGGACUCGCCAAGCUUUGUAAUAGAGGAAGUAGUCAAGUAAUCCUAACCAAUUUCAGAGGGACAGCCGGAUAUGCAGCUCCAGAGUUGUGGAAGCCUUAUCCUGUGACUCACAAAUGUGAUGUUUACAGUUUUGGUAUUCUUCUCUUUGAGAUUGUUGAAAGAAGGAGACAUUACGACGAUAAUGUGAGCCAUGAGUCCCGGGACUGGCUACCUAAAUGGACAUGGAACAUGUUUGAGAAAAAUGAGUUAGCAACACUAUUACUGCGUUGUGGGAUUGAAGAGAGUGACAGGGAAAAAGCAGAGAGGAUGUUACUGAUAGCUCUGUGGUGCAUUCAGUAUUCACCAGAAGCAAGACCCCUCAUGAGCAAUGUAGUGCAAAUGUUGGAGGGGAAUAAAGAAAUUAGUCCACCUCCUUUCCCCUUUGAACAUUUGCAAUCUCCGCGACUAAAUUCCGGUCAAAAUAGUGGAACAGAUGAUGACACAAGUCUUUCUGCAUCAGGCACACUUACUGAUCCACGUUGUGAUGCGCUUGAAAUUGAGGUAGUUCUUGAAUAGGUUAAAAUCAAGAUUGUUGUGUGUCCAACAGACGAAAGUUCAUAUAUUUUCUAUCUGGUACAUCUGUAAAUUGGUUUCAGUAGUGUUGCGAAUGCAAUU